AUGGCCCUGGACGCCUCAACCCUCACCACCAUCCCCAUCAGCUACGCUACCUGCUCCCUCGGCCCUCCGUCCAACCCUCCCCCUCUCCUAGACCGCCUCAACGCCAUCUCCACCGCCGGCUUCACCGCCAUUGAGCUCUCCUUCCCAGACAUCCUCUCCUUCGGCCAGUCCCACCUCGGCCACCCCAUCGAUCCGAAAGACUACGACGACCUCUGCGCCGUCGCCGCACAGAUCCAGAAAGAAUGUCAAAAGCGCAACCUCGGAAUCAUGAUGCUGCAACCUUUUUCCAAUUUCGAGGGAUGGCCCGAGGGGUCUGCGGAGAGGAAAGACGCCUUUGACCGCGCGAGGGGCUGGAUCCGGAUCAUGAAAAGUUGCGGGUGCGACAUGCUACAAGUAGGAUCCACGGAUACGCCAUUGGAGAAAUUGGAUCAAAGCAGGAUUGUGCCGGAUUUGAGAGAGUUGGCCGACAUGCUGGCGGAGCAUGGAUUCAAGCUUGCGUACGAGAAUUGGUGCUGGUCGUCGCACGCGCCGGACUGGAAGGACGUGUGGCAGAUUGUGAAGGAGGUGGAUAGACCAAAUAUCGGUCUUUGUUUGGAUACGUUUCAGACUGCGGGCGGGGAGUGGGGGGAUCCGACCACGGGAUCCGGGAUCAGGGAAGACGUGUCGAGAGAAGAGGUAGAGAAACGGUUCCGCAAGUCGCUGGACGAUCUUAGCAAAAGUAUCCCGAAGGAGAAGAUAUACCUCCUACAAAUCAGCGACGCGUACAAGGUGCCCGAGCCAAUGAGCACGGAAGCAGAUGAAUCCGGUUUACGACCUCGUGGCAGAUGGAGCCAUGAUUACAGACCGUUACCGUUUAAUGGGGGAUACCUGCCUGUGGUGGAUGUGGCGAGGGCGGUGCUCAGGACGGGGUUUAGAGGGUGGUUUAGUUAUGAGGUUUUUGAUGGCGGGAAGGACGGAAAGAAGGAGAAUGAAGAUAUCGUGGCAUAUGCGCAGGCGGCCAGUAAUGUGCAGCAGAAACUUCUGGCCGAGUGUGCGGGAUUUGGAGGGAGGGAACCGCAGGAUGACUAG